UAUAAAGACAAAGCUUCCGAAACAGUAUUGACAGUGAUAAAAUGGCGCUCUGUAGAAUUGUAUUUGUGCUUGUUUUAUUUGGUUUGGUAUCGGCCAAACUUAAACAAUACGAUGGUUUCACACUAUACGAAGUUGUAGUAGAAAACACAGAACAGGAGAUGGUGUUUAAUAAACUGGAAAGUGAGUUAAAUUUGGAUGUGUGGUCUCGUGCAACGCCAGAACAAUCGGGGCGGAUUCUUGUAUCAAAAAGUGAAAAGACUGAAUUUGAAAAUGAACUUUCCACAGCUGGAAUAAAACACACAAUUGUAGUGGAAAACAUGGAAGAACUUAUCGAGCUAGAACGAAAACAAUUGUCAGAAGCUGACGAAAUGAGUGCUGGCAUAAAUAUGUAUGGUAUUGCUAUAGAUACGAUGCAUACGUACGAUCAGGUUAACUCUUUUCUUGAACAAUUGGCGAAUAACUACACAUCUGUCAAUUUACUCAGCCAAGGAACGACUUUUGAAGGCAGACCAAUUAAUUAUAUCAGAAUAUCGUCAUCAAAUUUCACGGACUAUAAUAAGCCAGUUGUUUUCAUACAAUCUCUAAUACAAGCCCGAGAAUGGAUCUCAUUGCCGGUUGCAUUGCAUGCAAUAAAUAAAUUAGUUACAAAUAUCACUGACAGUGACCUCGUCAACACCAUUGAUUGGAUCAUCUUACCAAUAGCCAACCCUGAUGGAUAUCAUUACAGUUCGACAAUUUCAAGGCUGUGGACUAAAAAUCGACGUGCCGUUGGUAGUGAAUGUGUUGGCGUUAACAUCAACCGUAACUUUGAUAUCAAUUUCGGUGCCCAUUCCAGCAGCAAUAUUUGUUCGGACAAUUACCAUGGGCCCGAUACUGAGUCCGAAAUAGAAACACGCUCGAUACGUGAUAUUUUGAUUUUACACCAAGGCCGCAUAAAACUGUUCUUAAAUUUACAAAGUUUCGGCAGUCACAUUUUGUAUGGAUUUGGCACUGGCGGAUUACCAGGUAACGCGUUAAUACUCAAUUUUCUUGGCGUCCAAAUGACCAGUAUUAUCAAUGCAUUCAACAGUUCCAAGGAUAAUGAUUAUACAGUUGGCAAUAUAGCUGCCGUUGUAGCAGCGGAAUCUGGUAACGUUAUGGACUACGCGACACUUGUACGAAAUGUACCAUAUUCUUAUACAAUCAAACUGCCGAGUUACGGAAAUUCCGGAAGUGUUAGUGAUAAUGGUUAUAUAGUAGAUCCGAGCUAUUUCACCCAAGCUGCUGAGGAAACUUGGGAGGCGAUUAAAUACUGCGCUAGAUUUGUGCGCGACAACCCAUUUUAAAAUAUGUAUUUUUAAAAUAAAUUAUUUCAAUAAUUCAA